AGGCGGGGCCGCAGCCAGGCCCCGCCCGGGGGGGCCGGCCCGGUCCCGGUGGCGGCGGGCGGUGGCGGGGGCCAUGGCCAAGGCCUACGACCACCUCUUCAAGCUGCUGCUGAUCGGGGACAGCGGCGUGGGCAAGACUUGCCUCGUCAUCCGCUUCGCCGAGGACAACUUCAGCAGCACCUACAUCUCCACCAUCGGCAUCGACUUCAAGAUCCGCACUGUGGAUAUCGAUGGCAAGAAGAUCAAGCUGCAGGUCUGGGACACGGCGGGACAGGAGCGCUUCAAAACCAUCACCACGGCCUAUUACCGCGGAGCCGUGGGCAUCGUCCUGGUGUACGACAUCACGGACGAGAAAUCCUUCGAGAACAUCCAGAACUGGAUGAAAAGCAUCAAGGAGAACGCCUCGGCCGGGGUGGAGCGGCUCCUCCUGGGCAACAAGUGCGACAUGGAGGGGAGGAGGAAAGUGCAGCGGGACGCGGCCGAGAAGCGCCAAGUCCAGCGAGAACGUGGAGGAGGCCUUCCGCACGCUGGCGCGGGACAUCCUGCACAAAUCCUCCCGCAAAGCCCCCCCCAGCAGCAGCAGCAGGGUCCUGCUGGAGCCCGGCGCCCCCCGGAAGGCCGGCGGGAGAUGCUCCCUGGGGUAGGGGCUCGGGAGCUCCCCGAGACCCCCGGGGCAGCGCGGGCGCCUCUCCGGAGGGAUCUGGGGGGGAAUCUGGGGGGAUUUGGGGCUGCCCCCCUCUCUCCUUGUGCCAUAAAGCCCCGCUGUGCCUUGUCCCGGCUCCGGCGUCUCUUUGACGGGGGUUUGGAGGGGGCGGAACGGGGUCGGGAUCGCGGUCGGGACCGGGACUGCGAUCGGGACCGGGAUCGAAGACAGGAACAACAUCGAGACCGGGACCGGGACCGGGACCGGGACCGGGACCGGGACCGGGGCGAGCAGCGGCGAAGCCGCACCCAAGCCACGCCCACAACACCAAACUUGGAUUUAUACCACGCCCACUCUGAGCCACGCCCCACCUCGGCCGCGUGUCCACGCCCGUAAUUUAAAUUGAACCACGCCCCUAAUUAAAUCAAUUUAUGCCCGUUAUGGUUAAA